AUGACUUGUAUGCUUGAACGUUGCUCUGUAUCAGGUGUCCAUCGGAUUCAUGAACGUUUGUCAAGCCGUGAGAUGUAUGCUGCGGUACCCGGCGCACCUGGGACUGAGCCUGCAACACCGAUGCUAGCUUCUGAAGUACAGAUUUCCGCAGCGCCUCCCUCGCAGCCGCAGACCUUCGAUAAAUUGGCGGCACCUGCUCCCGACAAGGGCAAAGAAAAAGCAAAAGAUGACAAGGCUGAAACGAAGGGGAAAUCAAAUGAGCGAGAAACAAAAUCAAAGGUGGGCAUUGCGCUUCUCGAUCGACAUUGUGAAAAAGCGGGCGAUGUAAUGGAAUUUGAGCAGUUGACUCGAAACUGUGACACAUUGUUCCUGGUAGAUUUGAUUAAAGGGCAACUUCUGCCAAAUGCAUGUCGGUUGAACCUCUGCAAGCAAAAGUUACGAAAACGGUUUGUUACAUUCAUUGUCAGCCUGCAGGGGUCGAAGACCAAAAUGAUCGAAGAGCCUCAACCGGGUAAGCAUGAUCAGAGCACUGAAGAUAAGCAACGUAUGUUUGCCUCUUCCACUUUCAAAAAGUUUUCGGUUAGGCUCACCGCUGAUUUACGGGAAUUACUUUUCUGA